UCUUGAAAAUGGAUGUUAAAUUAUGGAUCUGUUAUAUAGGAGCAUUCGAGGUACAUGAAAGUAGAUACCAAUUAUGGCAUUGUGAGUGAAUGUUCUUGCGCUUCAUUUUCUUUUUCUAGGCAUGACUCACUUGUGGUACCUGCUUGUGCCAUCUUCUAGUAUAUAUGUAUUUUGCAGGUUCAAUCGCUCUUGCUUACGUAUCCCUCGAUCUUUUGGUUGGAACAAACAACUGUUGCUCACUCUGACAAAGUGUUUGUCAUAUCUUGUGCUCUCGCUAGGUUUAUCACCUCUAAUAUGUGCAAUAUACGGUACUGCACCUAAAAGAAUUGUGGAGCUUCUACUUGAUCGUGGUGCUAAACCAGACAUACCAAGCACAGAAGGGUUUACUGUGCUCCAUGUUCUUGCAACAAAGCAAGAUCCCUUUGGAAUAGCGGAUAUAUUGUUAUCCAGAGGGGCCAAUGUUGACUCUAUGAGCUCAGAAGGAACACCACUACAUUUUGCCGCUCAUUGUGGAAAUCUGGAAAUGAUGGAAGUGCUGUUGAAGUAUGGGGCAAAUCCUAACAGAGUUGUGCAAUCAUCCUAUGCACCACUUACAUUGGCUCUCUUCGCUUCUUCAUUUAAGUGUGUGGAACUAGUUAUUCAGGGUGGUGCUGAUGUCAAUGCUGCCAGGCCUGUAACUCCAUUAAUAAUAGCUGCAAAAGAUGGCUUAUCUGACUGCAUCGAGUGCUUGUUGGAAGCUCGUGCUGAUCCCAAUAUUCCUGAUGAAAUUGGUAGAAUGCCAGUGGAAAUAGCGGCAAUCCAUGGACGGAAGGAAUGUGUUGAUAUUCUUUUUCCUGUCACAUCCCCUGUAGCUAAAUUUGCAGACUGGAGCAUUGAUGGAAUAAUGCAACAUGUGAAAUCUGGGAGUUCAGAAGACCAUCUUCAUACAAUUGUGCAAGCUGCUUUUAAAGCGCAAGGGGAUGCUGCAUUUGAGAGAAAGGAUUAUGCUCAGGCAUCAGCUCUAUACACAAGGAUAGAACACCAGCAAUCAAUCAUCAUGCAGAACAUCAGCAGUGAGACCGUCCUUGACGACUUGCCUGAGUCGGUGGUUAUCAGUGACAUACUUGUUAGGUUGCCGGCUGAGGACAUCCUCCGGUGUCGUGUUGUCCGCAAGUCGUGGCAUCAUGCUACCUCCACCCACGACUUCCUCCUCGCACACCACCGCCGCCAGCCGUCUCUUCCGGUCAUUGAACACAUCAAGCAUGGAGGACAACUGUUUGACCGCCACCUUUUUGUAUAUUUUGAUGCUAGUCCCGGUGCUGCCAGUCGCAAGCUCAGCCAGAAGACCAUCCUCUGGUACCCCGACCCCUGCCUCUACAAAGACAACCUUGUGAUCCAUGGUUCCUGUGAUGGCCUCCUUGUGGUCUCCGUCACUGAGGGAUACUUUGACGUGUGCAAUCCGAUUACCCGCCAACGUGUUCCCCUGGCACUGACUUGUGAUCAUGAUGAUGGCCUACCAGUUACAGGAAUUCGCAUUGCUGGCUUCUACCAACACCUUGCAUCCGAAGAAUACCGGGUGCUCUACUCUAUCUGCACAAGGAAUGAGGAUACUUCCAAGGUUGAUUUCCACGUCCUUGCAGUCGGAUGCAGUCAGUCAAGGCGCAUCACAGAACCACCAUUGCAACAAGGUUUCCUAGAUGGACUCACAUGUUCUAAAAAUGCACCAGUCCUCAACCACGGCAACUUGCAUUGGCUGUUACCGCGGUACUAUACUAGCGAUGACUUCAGCAACAUAAUUGUGUUUGACACCAAGGCUGAGACUUUCAGUUGGAUGCGCAGUCCUCCCUGUAAGUACUCUUGGUCUUGGAUGUCGUUGUUGGAGCUGGACGGCGCGCUUGCUAUGUGCAGCAGUCAUGAUGGCAUUGCCAUAGCUAUUAAUGUUAUGCAUGACUACAAAGCCGAGGUCUGGGCCCCCACCUACAAGAUCAACCUGUCGGCAUUGGAGCCAUCACCUCAGCUUUAUUUACCGGCUAGACUGCACAAGAUUGCUACAUUCAAUGAGCGUGAGUUGUUGAUCGAGCUUCCAGGAUGUGUUUUGCACUGUGACCUUGAUGGCAAGUUUCUAGGAAAGAUGAAGUGGGAUGAAAACACAGACACCCGCUUGCAUAUUACUUCGUUCCGCUUUCAGGAGAACAUUGUUCCACUCCCUUUCUUUGGGAUGCGAGAAUAUUAUGGUGAUAACUUUAUGCCAGAAGACGAAGAUUAUUAUGAGAUGAAGUAUUCCAUUUGGUGAUAGAAAUAAAAUGCUCCUGUUCACUGUUCAGUACCUGAGGGAGGUGACUACUGAUUGGUGACUUCAGAGGCAUUGCCACUUCUUUUUAAAGUCAGCCCGUGGGAAGCUAUACGUACAUUGUUAUCGAAAGUACAAUUUGAAUAACAUGAACGAGAUCCUGAAAACAGCAGGUUGUUUUUGGUCAUUUGGUUCACUAGACAAUCCUGGUACCAUUGGAAACUGACAAUAUCCUAAUA